UUAGCAUUCUGGAAUUUCUGCCAUCAGUCCUUUCAAGUUCAUCCACCAUGGCCCCUCCUCCUCCUGCAGGUGAAGAAAAGAUCGUGAUCCUUCGUACGACCGGUGGUGAAAUCGCCCCCGCGUCUGCGUUGGCGCCCAAGGUCGGUCCUCUCGGUUUGUCCCCGAAGAAGGUCGGCGAAGACAUCUGCAAGGCCACCCAAGAGUGGAAGGGUUUGAGCGUCACGAUCAAGUUGACCAUCGUGAACCGUGUCGCGACCGUGUCGUUGAUCCCGUCGGCUUCGUCUUUGCUUGUCAAGGCGUUGAAGGAACCUCCUCGUGAUCGCAAGAAGGUCAAGAACAUCAAGCACGAUGGCAACUUGACUUUGGAAACCGUGUUGGACAUUGCCCGCACCAUGCGAUCGCGCUCCAUGGCCCGCACCUUGGCCGGUACCGUCAAGGAAAUGCUCGGCACGGCCAACUCCCUCGGAUGCACCGUGAACGGCGAAUCCCCCACGGAAAUCCAACGACGCAUCACGGAAGGUGAACUUGACAUCCCAGAAAACUAAGCAUGAACAACGAGGGACUCUUCGAUGUCGCCAUCCUCGUCAUCGUCUCGGCCGUGUUCCCGCCGCCGUCGACCCACCACCACCGCCCAUGCCGAUGAAAGUCAAGAAACUUUAAUAUACUCUGAACACUUCUGUGGACACCACAUGUGAUGUUGAGGCAUGCGCUUUGGGGUGUCGGCCGACGGGAACACGACCGCCACGACCACCACCACCACCUUCUUGUGCGGUAUUUGACAGUAUUGCAUGUAUAGACCUUGCGUUGUAUCUGUGUAUGUAUGGGCCAGUGAAAGCACUUCAAACUUUAAUAUACUCUGACACUUUGUGGUGCGGACAAAUCUUAUUUUCCCUUGAGGCCCAUCAACAACACAUCGUUUGAAAUAUAUUUGCAUGUAAAUUUAUAUUAUAUAUAUACAU